CGUGAUGUCACGGCGGGGGCUAGGCGGGGGGAGGUGGUCCGCUGUUUUUCUGGAGAGUUAGGCUGGAGGGAGACAAAGCCAGAGGGGCUGGGCUGGCGCCAUGGAGCUGCCGUCCGGCGCCCUGCUGUGGAAACUCCUGCUCCUGGAGAGCUUUGCUGUCCUCCUGUCCUCAGGGCCCUCGGGGUCUCCAACAGCUGGCAGCUCGGUGGUAUCUGAGUCGGCAGUGAGCUGGGCAGCGGGUACCCAGGCCGUGUUGCGCUGCCAGAGCCCCCGCAUGGUGUGGACCCAAGACCGGCUGCACGACCGCCAGCGUGUGGUCCACUGGGACCUCAGCGGCGGACCUGGAGGCCCAGCACGCCGACUUGUGGACAUGUACUCUGCUGGGGAGCAGCGCGUGUAUGAGCCGCGCGACCGGGGCCGCCUCCUACUAUCGCCCUCUGCUUUCCAUGACGGCAACUUCUCACUGCUUAUCCGCGAGGUGGAGGAGGGCGACGAGGGGCUGUACACCUGCAACCUGCACCACCACUACUGCCACCUCUACGAGAGCCUGGCCGUGCGCCUCGAGGUCACCGACGACCCCCAAGCCGCACGCGCCUACUGGGACGGCGAGAAGGAGGUGCUGGCGGCGGUGCGCGGCGCGCCCGCGCUGCUGACCUGCGUGAACCGCGCGCACGUGUGGACCGACCGGCACCUGGAGGAGGCACAGCAGGUGGCGCACUGGGACCGGCAGCCGCCGGGGGUGCCACACGACCGAGCCGACCGCCUGCUGGACCUGUACGCGUCCGGAGAGCGCCGAGCCUACGGGCCGCCCUUCCUGCGCGACCGCGUGGCGGUGGGCGCCGACGCCUUCGCCCGCGGGGACUUCUCGCUGAGCAUCGACCCCCUGGAACCGGCUGACGAGGGCACCUACUCCUGCCACCUGCACCACCACUACUGCGGCCUGCACGAGCGCAGGGUCUUCCACCUGAGGGUCACUGAGCCCGCCGCGGAGCCGCCUCCGCGGGCCUGGCCCGGCAACGGCUCGGGCCACGGCAGUGUCCCUGGCCCAGACCCCACGCUGGCGCGAGGCCGCAGCGUCAUCAACGUCAUCGUCCCCGAGGGCCGGGCCCACUUCUUCCAGCAACUGGGCUACGUGCUGGCCACGCUCCUGCUCUUCAUCCUCCUGCUCAUCACUGUGGUCCUGGCCACCCGCCAGCGCCGCCGCGGAGGCUACGAGUACUCGGACAAGAAGUUGGCGAAGGCCCCAGGGAAGGAUGUAAAUUUGGCGGAGUUUGCUGCGGCCAAAGAGGACCAGGCUCCUUACAGGAGUGAAGACAUUCAGCUAGAUUACAAGAACAACAUCCUGAAGGAGAGGGCUGAGCUGGCCCACAGCCCCCUGCCUGCCAAGAGCAUUGACCUGGACAAAGAGUUCAGGAAAGAGUACUGCAAAUAAAGGGCGCCUGGGCUCCUGGCUGGCCAGCAGCUCUGCCUUGGAGGAUGUCCCCUGACCUUGCCAUGCUCACCGGGCUCCUUCCCAGCGGCUGGCCCGCUUGCUUUCCUGGAACUUGGUCCAGACUGGCCAGAGUGGCUGCCCUCACUCCCUCUUCCAGGAAUAACCCUCAUUCUCCUAGGGACUCUGCCACAGUGGCCACCACACUUUGGCCACCUUUGUCCACUGGUGGCCCUGUCCCCACUUCUGCCACAGCCAAGAUCCUCUAUGUUCACCAAGCCUUCAGGCCCUCCUGGCUUCUCCCUGCUAGGGGCGGGAAGAUGUCCAGAGACGCUCAGUCAGAACCUGGUGGCUCAGGAAGCUGGGGAGGCUGGCACAUCCCCCCUUUUCAGGGGAGCUCUGUGCCACUGUGAGCCCCCAAGGGCCUGUCUGAACUGCCCUGCCCAGCAUCCCUUCCGGGUGCAGCCUGAUCUGUGCUUGGACUGAGGACUCCAGGCCCUCUGUGCUGCUUUGGGCCAAUGGGGCUACCCCUUGGCUCUGCCUCUGCUUUUGACCUUUAUCCGGCUUUCUCUCCCUUUGUUCUAUGGCCCACUUGACAGUCACUGGGCUCCUUACGACCUUGACCAAUGCCCCUCCCCGGGCUGGAGUCUGGGGCUGGGCCACAUCUGGUUUUUGUUUUGACUGAGGACAGAGUUGGGGGUGACAACAAUUCUGUGUGCUGCCACAUUUGGUCUUGUUGGGGGUCUUACCACAUCACAAUAAAGGCCACAUUUGACUUUUA